AUGGCUUUGAUCUCCAGUAGGUUGAUUAGCAGACUGUAUCAGUUCACCCACAUCUCAUCUGGGUUCUUGUUUGUGGCUUUGCUAAUACGUUGGCUGAUAUUAUUGCCCUUAGUGGGAUCAAAGUUUCUGCCUGGAGGCAUUCAUGAGUUCCUGUGCUACCUAUUGUUUUACGCAAGUAUCAGUGAGCUUAUAUGGUUGUUGAAAUUUCGUGGUCUCUUCGGGACAAUUCUCACAAGGACCUUCGUUAAAGAUUUGAAUUUCCUGUAUUUCAUUUUAGUGAUGCAUUACCAUGAUGACUAUGAACAUGCACCUGUGCUGAAAAAUGCCAGUUAUUCGAGCUUCAUCAUAGGACUAGCAUGUACUCAGGCCUACAGUCACUGGUAUGGGCUCUUUAAGAGGUCAAUUAAUCAGAAGAAAGGCUUGGUAUGGAAGAUUGACACCUAUCUGAUGAUGCCUCUACUCUAUUUAAGUGAGAUGUACCUACUCUUGUUGAAUUUGAGGAAUCCAAGUUUCCAUACAUUUCCGUUACUUGACAAGCUGAACAAGGUGGUGUUGGUCAUAUUCUUACCCGUUGCAUUAUCUCUAUAUAGAUACCAAUUUUAA